AGCCUGGCGGCAGUUGGAAUGGAUACCGAGGUCCGCCCAGGAUAAAGUCGGGCAUUUCUCGCCGUGCUGUAUCAGGUCACCGUCGUCCCUUUACAGCUCCAGGUCUGACUCCAGCUUUGGGCCCGAGCCGACCAUGAUCAGGACCCUGCGCGUCCCGCUGCUCCUGCUGGCCGGCUUGGCCGUGGCCCUGGCCGUGAGCUCCUCUAGCGACGCGAGCCCCAACCGGCCGCCGAUGAGGCUGGGCGGCAUAGAAGAGGCGGAUGUCAAGGAGCACGGCGUGCGGUACGCGCUGUCCUACGCGCUCAGCGAGUACAACAAGGCCAGCAACGACGCGUACCACAGCCGCCUGGUGAAGGUGGUGCGCGCCCGCAAGCAGCUUGUGGCUGGAGUGAUCUACUACUUGGACUUGGAGAUUGGCCGAACUACGUGUACCAAGUCUGAGCCCAAUUUGGCUGACUGUCCUUUCCAUGAGGAGCCCAAUCUGAAGAGGAGAGAACUCUGCUCCUUCCAGAUCUAUACUGUGCCCUGGCUGGGCAAAGUCUCCAUGUUAAAAUCCAGCUGUGAGAAUGCCUGAGGUCUGUGCCAGGCUGGGCCAUGCUGACCCUUACUCGCACCCCUACCCUCUAGUGCACCAACCCUUAGAUAAGAGCCCUGGCCCUGGACCAUGUCUUCUCAGUGUCCCAGCAACAGGAGACCAGUAGAGGAGGCUUCUCCAAGCAGGUGUGAAUACCUGCAUGGCUCUCCCCUCUUCCUUUCUUUUUGCUUUUCAAAUACACAUGUGAGCAGCACACACAGAUGCUUUUAUCCUGCUCAAUAAAAGAGUGUCAUCACCUC